AAUGUUUUCCGGGUGCGGUCAGAUUAAUCCGAAGUUUAAUAUAUUUUUGAUGUUAUAAAUAUAAUUACUCAAAAUUAAAGUGCUCCAAAAUUUGUUUUGGUACACUUUUUUUUUUAUUUUGUCUUGUUCAAAUAUAUGUAAGACUUAAUCUAAUUAUAGUUCGUGAAAUAUGACAAUAGACUUCUUGACACUAAGAAACGCACGUGUCUUUUGAACUAACCGGCUUUUACGUGUGAUAACGUACAUUUAUCAUUGUGAUCGGUUAUACCUAUAAUUAAAUCAUUCAUAUGUCUAUUAAGAAUACAUGUUGAAGACUGUUUUCAAUCGUAUUACACUUCUUCGCACUAUGAGUAUAUUUACACAAAAUUUGAAUCCUAUAACUGGGACUGUCAAUUGGGAAGAAAAGGAUCCUGAUUAUGAUUUUCACCAGGAAGUAGCGAGAUCAGCAUUUGCUGAUAUGCUUCAUGAUCAUGAAAGGAAUCAGAAAUAUUAUAUUGCUUUGAAAGCUGCUAUUAAGAAGAAGCAUCAGGCUGGAGAGGAGGCAAAUGUUUUAGAUAUUGGUACAGGUACUGGUUUGCUUUCGAUGAUGGCUGCAAAAUGUGGUGCAGAUUCUAUUAUCGCUUGUGAGGCUUUCAGACCUAUGGCUAACUGUGCUAAUAAAAUAAUAAAAGAAAAUGGUUUUGAAGGAAAGAUAAAGCUGAUACCAAAGAGAUCAACGGAAAUGAAAGUAGGUCCCAAUGGCGAUAUGACAAAAAGAGCCAACAUUUUGGUAACUGAAGUUUUUGAUACAGAAUUAAUUGGUGAAGGUGCUCUAUCCACAUUUCAUCAUGCUCAACAAGUCCUCUUGGAAAAAGACAGUAUCAUCGUGCCUAGUAGGGGUACAGUAUGGGCUCAAGUUGUCGAAAGUUCUAUGGUUUGUGCUUGGAACAGGGUUCAACCACUGUCUCAUGGUGAUGAUAAAAAAGUUUUAAUAGAUGCACCGACUUCAAUAAAAACUUGUUCUGGUGUAUCUGCUGUACAUGAUCUUCAGUUAACUUAUCUUCCACAAAGUUCUUUUAGACCUUUGUUACCACCUUUACCCAUAUUUAGAUUUAAUUGGUCUGGUGCGACUCCGUUAAAGUUUAAUGAAAGCGUUUCCAUUUGUGCCAAGUCUAUUGCUUCAGGAGUCGCUCAUGCUGUCUUUAUGUGGUGGGAACUAGACAUGGACAUGGAUGGUCAGGUAUUACUAAGCUGUGCCCCAGUUUGGGAACAUCCUGAAUCAAAAUUAUCAAAGAAUCUUUCUCUGGAUCAACUGGCUGAUCGCAUACCAUGGAGAGACCAUUGGAUGCAGGCUGUUUAUUACCUUCCUGUAGCAAAGUCAGUUACUGUAGGGGAUGAAAUUACUCUUGUUGGUUCCCACGACGAAUAUUCUUUAUGGUUCCAAUUAAAGGACGAAACAAAAAUCAAAGAAAAAGUAGGCGAAAGACCCAUCUGCGAAUGUUGCGUUCACGUAGCUUUCUCCAGAACACGAAUCGGUCAACUAAAUGAUGAAGAGCGUAAUCGAAAAUUUAUAAAAGCUAUUAAGAAAAUGAUCAAGCCAAAUAAAGUUUGUGUCUCUUUGUCAGAUGGCUCCUUGAUUGGUCUUACAGCUGCGAAACUAGGAGCCAAGAAAGUGGUUGUUCUUGAGCCGAAUUCUCUGUCUAGAAGAACGACAGAGAUGUUUAUAAAAGCUAAUAAUCUUUCGGAAAAAGUGCAGAUUAUAGAUACUCCUGAACAACUACCAUCGGCUGAAGAGGUUGAUCUGAUUGUCGGUGAACCGUACUUUGUCACCUCUAUUUUGCCUUGGUACAACUUACGUUUUUGGUAUCUGGCCUCCAAGUACCCUUCGAAUAUUCCGAGGAUCCCAACAGCUGCCAAAAUACUUGGUGUUGCUGUAGAAUUUAAGGAUCUUCAUAAAAUACGUGCUCCACUUGGCAUUUGUGAAGGAUUUGAUAUGAGCGCUUUUGACAAACUCGUUCAGGACUCCAGUGAUAUCAGUGAUAGUCCUGUAGAAGCACAUCCCCUGUGGGAGUAUCCUGCAAAGGCACUGGGAUCUCCAUUUGUCUUAGCUAGCUUUGAUUUGACACAGGAUGUGAAUUUGUAUAAACCGACUGAAUUUUUGGAUAGUGUUGCUAUAUCAAGUAAAGGAUCCUGUAACGGUGUCGCUUUGUGGGUCGAUUGGUACUUGGAUUCAAAUGUCAUUGUUUCUUCAGGCCCUGUUAAAAAAAUCCAGCCUGGAUCAAGGAUAUCUUGGGAUCCAUAUACGCGGCAAGGAGUUUAUUUACUUCGAAAAAUAAAUGAAGUAACAGAACAAGACACUCUCUCUUGGUCAUUGAAAUUUUAUCCAGCCGAUGGAACAAUGCAGUUUCAUUUUAAUACAGUUAGAAAACAUUAAUGAUAGUUAUAAGCAGAUUUAAAAAUAAAACUGUGUUUAAUAUUUUCUGAAAUUAA